UGUAAUUUUAUUUGCAAGCAGCUGUCCAGGGUUUGGGUCUCUCUCCCAGGUUUGUGCUGAGGAGUGAGCCUGGGAAUGGAUCGUCUGCCUUCAAAUGUCAGGGCUGUCACCUAUUUUUGUUUUGUUUUUCCUGGCAGGCUAAAGUGGCUUUGCCAAGGAGUUAUUUGAGAGGCAGAACUUCCAAUCCCCCCCACCCCCCAAAGCAUGGAGAUGCAAUUGCUAAAAUGACCAUUAGAAACAGGAAGACCAAAACAUUAAUAAGGAAUUGGGGAAAUGUAUAACUUUUCUUAAAGACCACUGUAAACAGUUAAAAUCGUUAGUAGGGUUGGAAUAUCACUUGUAGUUUAAUGGUGAGUUUUGGACACAAUGGAGAGAUAAAAGAUUUGGAUUAAUAUAAAAGAUGCAGGAGGAAAUGAUUAACAAUAGGACUCACAAAUGGGAGGAGGGAAGUAAAAGAGAUUCCUUGCAAUCUUGUUUUUAUGUUGUAUGUUGUAUAUGUGACUGUAAAAUUUUAAUCUGAAAAACCAAAUAAAUACAUUUAAAGAACUUCUAAUAUUUUUCCCUGAGCAUGGAGUGAGGGUGGAAGUUGCCGCUGGUUGGCCAACCAGUUUUCAGAUGUUUGAAAGCUUCCCCAUAGAAGUGGGAAACUUUUUCUUUUCUUUCUUUCUUUUUUACAGCUUGAGUCUUUGUGGAAAUCACACUGACACUGAAGACGCCUUUCCCCAUGUGAAUGAAAGAGUGAGUUAUGGAUGCUAAUAAAUUGUGGUGGAAGGAUCUGAAAUGCCUUACAAAAAAGUUCUAAUGACUAGAGCUGAUUGUAUAGAAAACCUGCUCUCUGAAAAAAAAUACGAAGAUAUUGGAAGUCAUCUUGUGUAUCUUGAAACUGUUGAUAUGACUGUAGAUGGUCUCCAGGAGACGGAUAUUGCCAAAGCUGUGUUCAGAAUCCUCAAGAACUGUCCCUCUGUGGUACUGAAAAAUAAGGCAAAGCAUUUACUAUCGAAGUGGAAAACACUUUAUAAGCAUCAUUGCAAUCAAUGCAUACAAGUUAAGCCAGUAUUUCCUGAUAAUGCAAAAGAAGAUUCUGAUCACCUUAACGUAGUCCUGGCGGAUGCAAACACUUCUGGAAAACUGAAUCAGCAUGUGAUAUUAGGCCCUGCCAGUUCCAAGAGUUGCCUGCUAUCAGAAAACCAUCCACAAGAUACUGGAAGUAAUGUGCAAAAAGACAAUGCAAUUCAGCCUGCACUUCAAGAGUACACGAGUUCUGUUAGUGAAACAAACCCACUUCAGGUUCAUACUACAGCUAUGAGAUGCAAAUGUAUAGAGCUUCUUUAUGAAGCUUUGAUUGACUCAACAAGUAAUGCAAGUGAAAGGCACCACAAGAUUGCUGAAGAAGUUGAACAACAUAUCUUUGUACUUUAUGCUAAAAACGACAGAAAAUACAAAAACUGCAUCCGAAGCAAAGUUUCUAACUUGAAGAAUCCAAAAAAUGCUCACUUAAAACGUAACCUGCUUCUAGGGACUUUGAAUCCUAGGACAUUUGCUGAGAUGUCCACAAUGGAAAUGGCACAUGAUGAACUAAAGCAGCUCAGAGCUUCUUAUACAGAAUCAUCUGUUCUGGAGCAUCAGCUCCCCCAAAGCAUCAGUGGUACACAUACAGACAAAAUAAAAUGUAGACGCUGUGAAAAAUUUGAUUGCACUGUUACUGCAAUUGCUAGGGGAGCUCUUUUCCUUCCUGGCUGGGUACGAAAUGCAAAUCCAGAUGAACAAAUGAUGACUUACGUAAUUUGUAAUGAAUGUGGAGAGCAGUGGUAUCACAGCAGAUGGAUUUGUUUGUGAUUAUGCAUCCUUUAAUCCCUACGUCUUCAGAGGAGAUAAGUAUUAAAUAUGAAAUUACCAAAGUGCAGCUAUCUGAAUAAGGUAUAUUUUGGUAUAUGUUUGGUAAUGUAAUAAAAAGUGGAUGAGCAUUAUGAAGCAAAAUGGUUAUAAAGCUAUUUGAGAGAUCAAGUUUUGAGUUGUUUAAAACUAUUUUUAAUAUUGUGUAAUACUGUGUUUUAAUAUUAAUGUUGUGUUUUAAUUGUUGUAAAAAGUAAAUUGUUGUAACCAGCCCUGGAACCUUAGGGUGAAGGGCGGGUAAAUAAAUUGUAAUAGUAAAUAUUA